UCUCUAGACUUUUUGGAUGAUUUGCAGUGGAUGAACAAGUGGCAGCUCUAUUAUCAAGUCCUAAAUUUCGGAAUGAUUGUCUCAUCAGCACUCAUGAUCUGGAAGGGGUUAAUGGUAAUAACUGGAAGUGAAAGUCCAAUUGUAGUGUUGCUCAGUGGCAUCAUGGAACCUGCAUUUCAUAGAGGAUAUCUUCUCUUUCUAACAAAGCGAGCUGAAGAUCCCAUACGAGUGGGAGAAAUUGCUGUUCUAAGGAUAGAAGAAAGAAAGAUUCCUAUAGUUCACCGAGUCUUGAAGAUUCAUGAAAAGCAAAAUGGGCAUAUCAAGUUUUUGACCAAAGGAGAUAAUAAUGCGGUUGAUGACAGAGGCCUCUAUAAACAAGAACAACAUUGGCUAGAGAAAAAAGAUGUCGUGGGGAGAGCCAGGGGAUUUGUUCCUUAUAUUGGAAUUGGGACGAGCCUCAUGAAUGACUAUCCUAAAUUUAAGUAUGAAGUGCUCUUUUUGCUGGGUUUAUUUGUGCUGAUCCAUCGUGAGUAAGAAGUCUGCCUUGCUGUUCCUGGGAA